UAUUUAUCACUUAUCAGUCUUUCACUUUUCAUUUCAAAUUUGAAAUUUUAUGAUUUUUUCUUGAAAAUGUUACAAACGUAAUUGUUUUUAACGUUAUUGGCUAGGAAACCAUUUAUAGAAUACUAUUCAUCAUGCUACAUGAGGUGAUAAUCACACUUUCAGGAGUUUCCGGAAAAUUACUUCAAAACUUGGACUAUGUGGUUGAUUUAAAACCAUUCUUACACCCGAGUGAAAUCGUUUUGCUGGAUAAAAUUUUCAUCAUCGCAAGAAAUUAUAAAUAUCUGAAGGAUUUCAUAAAUGUCAAUAGUGUUCCUGAGCUCGAAGAUCAUAAAAAUGAACUUCAAACCGCACCUGGACUCUAUAUACAAGCAUUCUGUCAAGGAUUAGAAACCGUAUUGAAACCUUAUCAAAAUGAAUUAUUGGAGUUGGAGGAAAAUAUUUUAACCGGUCCUCAAGUAACAUUGAUUUACAUAUACUCGAGAGUAGAUUCGUAUUCUACUUUGUUUUCUCUGCUCACAUCGAUAGUUAAACAAAUCAUUAGUCGAAAAAUUCACGGAUGUCAGAUCCUUCAAAUGUUAUAUGAAAACAUCAUGAGCGGUGUUGAUCAAGCCAAAGAAGCCUUAGAAUGUAUUCUAAAAAGAUGCCAUGUCGCUUUUUUGAGACAAACCACUAACUGGCUUAUAAACGGAACGUUAUUCGAUUCAUUUGAAGAGUACAUAAUUAGAAAAACUACUAAAGAAGCAGCAUCCAACGAGAGUGAUAGCUCUGUGUUGACUUUCAACAGAGAUACUGUUGGGAAUCAAGUACGAAAUGGAGAAUAUGAAAUAGCCGGCGAAUUUGUUCCAUUAUAUAUUAGCUAUUCUUUAGUGAAUGAUAUUCUAUUCGUUGGAAAAAUAGUACAAAUCUUGAACGAGAGCUCGAACCAUAAUUACGAUUUGAAUAGCCGUCAUCGCAAUUUGAUUUUUGGCGAAAAAGAACAAUAUUUUUUCGAAAAAUUUGCAUCACUGAAAGAAACCAUGUCCAUAGAUUUAAAAGAACUGAAAGAAAUCGUACACGAUAUACGAGAAUGUGUCGUCAAACAUCUAUGGAAAUUAGCUGUGGAAAAUGAAAACCUAUACGAAGAAUUACAAUUGCUGAAGGAUUUCUAUUUACUGGGAUUCGGACAAUUCUUCAAAGAAUUUCUCGUCAACGCUUCGGUUUUUUCAUUACAUCCUUCGCAAAUGAAAUUUUCUCAAGAUCUCAAUGUUGCCUUAAACCAAACUGCAUGUUCGUUUCCAUUCAUGGACGAAGACGUGAUGAAAAAAUUCAGAUUCGUUAUAACUUCGACGAAAAACGCAGAUGGCUCUAAAACAACCGAAAGCAUAUGGUCAUUAGUAAAACUGCAGUAUACCGCUAAGUGGCCGUUAAAUUUGUUAUUCACACCCGUAGCCAUACAACAUUAUAACAAAUUAUUCCUCUUUCUGUUACGAAUCAGAAGAUGCCAAAUUGAGCUGCAUAACGUCUGGAAGAUAGAUAUAAAGAAUAAAAACGUCAGAUGCGGCAGAGCGUGGAAAUUACGGAACGAGUUGAUGUUUUUGAUCGAUAAUUUGCAGUAUUAUUUACAAGUCGAUGUGAUAGAAACUGAAUACAAUAAUUUUAUGAACGCUAUUAAAAAAGUCCAAGAUUUUCAACAAAUUGAAAAAUUGCAUAAUAUGUUCCUGUUGAAUGUAUUGAGUCAUUCGUUUCUUUUAGAUGUUUCUAGUGAAUCACUCAACGAAAAUGAUACUGCUCCAGCGUACUCCGAACAUUUUUAUAACGCGUUAGUUAACAAUAUGAAAGUUUGCGAAAAAUUUUGCCUCUUGGCGUCCAAAGAAGAUUUAGAUAAACGCGAUAAAGAAAUAAUUAAAUUGGAUAAAAGUUUUCAGAAGUAUAAAAACACUGUAUUUUGUUUCUUAACGGAAUAUCAGUCGCGUCCUUUUAAGCAACACGUGGUGAAAUUUUUACUGAGAUUGAAUUUCAAUAAUUGGAUCAAUAAAAACCUACUGCCUGUGUCAUCGGAGUAACAUUAAUACUGUUGUUGCAGAACCAUUUCAGUUUUGCUAAUAAAUAAUGUUAUAACUGUGAAUAGCCUAAUAACGAAAAAUUGUUUUAUACUUUUGUUACCUGCGUAAUAUUUUUUUACCUAUGUUUACUUUAGUUUUAGUUUAUCUUGAAAUUGUAAUAAAUACGUAAUUGCGUGCCACAAAUUUCUUGAAUUUGGUGAAAUUAAAAGCUGUUUCAGAUUUAAAAAGAUUA